AUGGAUAGAGGUGCUGAAAUUGAUAAUGUACAGUCAGUGUAUUUAGUAAAGUAUGUUGAUGGAAGCGAUCCUGCUCCUACGGAUCCUAUAAAGUUAGGUCAAUGGAAGGUCCAAGAUGCUCGGAUGAUGACAUGGAUUUUAGGGUCAAUUGAUCCUAUUAUUAUUCUUAAUCUCAGACCAUACAAGACUGCGAAAGCCAUGCGGGAGUAUUUACAAAAGGUUUACAACCAAGAUAAUAGCGCAAGACGUUUUCAGUUAGAGCAUGAAAUUGCCAAUUACUCUCAAGGAAGUCUCUCUGUUCAGGAUUAUUUUUCUGGAUUUCAGAACUUAUGGGCUAAAUUUACUGAUAUUGUUUAUGCAAAAAUACUUGCCGAAUCUCUCUCUAUAACUCAGGCAUUUCAUGAGCAAAGCAAUCGAGAUCAAUUUUUGAUGAAAUUACGAUUCAUGUUUGAGAGUGUUGGCUCUAACUUGAUGAAUCGUGACCUGUAUCCCUCUUUGGAUAUUCAGGUUGUCAAUGGUAGUAAUUUACCCAUUACCAAGAUUGGGGAUAUUACUCCAACUGUCAAGAAUGUUUUUGUUUCGUCAAAACUCUCAACUAGUCUUAUUUCAAUUGGACAAUUGGUAGAUAACAAUUGUGAUGUGAAUUUUUCUUGUAAUGGUUGUCUUGUGCUGGAUCGAGUGUCCGGGAUGAUAAUCGCGAAGAGGCCUAAAGUUGGACGAUUGUUUCCUAUACACUUUUCCAUUCACCCUGCUUUAUAUUUUGCUUGUACUUCUACUGCUAGUAAGACUGAGUCUAUUAAAUGUGCUUUUAUGGAUCGUAGUACUUCGCAGAAAGGGUUUAUUUGCUAUGAUCCAAGUUCUAAUAAAUUUCGUGUUUCUAGAAAUGUUGUUUUCUUUGAGAAUCAGUAUUUCUUUCCCAUUCAUGUUGAGUCAUCUUCUGUUUCUCCUCCUCUUCCUACUUUUGAAGAUUUGUCUCCUUUUUCUAAGCGGUUCAAAUCUGGAUUUGUGUAUGAACGACGUCAGUCAACUUACCCCAUCUCAAAACUGAUCCGCCACCUGAGACUGCUCCACAACCAGAAUCUGAGAUUUCUUCAAGGCCUGCUCCGCUUGAGCCUCCUCGAAAGCAAUGGAGGAAGAACUUUGGCUCUUAAACAAAAUAACACAUGGGACAUUGUUUCAUGUCCUUCAAAUAUGAGGCCAAUUGGAUGUAAAUGGGUCUAUUCAAUUAAACUUCAUUCUGAUGGAACUCUUGCUAGGUACAAAGCUCGAUUGGUUAUCCUUGAUAACAAACAAGAGUAUGGCGUAGACUAUGAGGAGACCUUUGUACCAGUAGCAAAAAUGACUACAGUGCGAAUUAUUAUUUCCAUUGCUACUUCACAAAACUGGUCUCUUCAUCAAAUAGAUGUCAAAAAUACUUUUCUUCAUGGUGACCUCAAAGAAGAUAUUUAUAUGAAACCUCCACCUAGUUUGUUCGCAUCACCUACAUUAGAUAGCAAAUAUGAUUUAUCUUUGUUUCUUCAGAAAACAUCUACAGGUUGUGUCCUUCUUUUAGUCUAUGUAGAUGAUAUUAUUAUCACUGGGACUGAUUCUUCAUUAAUCACCAGUCUCCAACAACAACAUAAGGAAUCUUUUCAUAUGAAAGAUCUUGGUACUCUUACAUACUUUUUGGGGUUGGAAGUACAUUAUGAUUCUUUAGGUGUGUUCUUAAACCAACACAAAUAUGCUAAGGAUUUUAUUGCUUUGGCUGGUCUUCAAGAAUCCUUCUCUAUGGAUACUCUAUUGGAAUUAAAUGUAAAGUAUCAUCGUGAUGAAGAAGACCUUCUUCCUGAUCCAACUUUAUUUUGGCAACUAGUUGGGAGCCUAAAUUAUCUUACUAUUACUCGGCCUGAUAUAUCUUUUGUAGUUCAACAAGUCAGUUAA